GCACCAAGAGAACCCCUCUGCUAGCGUCGCCGAGGCUAGGUGCUUGUUGUUAAAUUGGAAUUAAAUAUCUAACCUACAGGUUAUGUAAAACGUGGAGCACUUUGCACUGUGUAAUUCACGCAUGACUGUGCUCCAGGUGCAACCAGGCAAGGGCCCCCGAGUCCAGGAAUCCACCUCUACCCCACGGGCACUCAAACCACCUCGCCUUCGUAGUUCCGUACAGUACAGGACGGAUCUGUACACUGGGCACAUUUCCUUGAACCUGGGAAACAUGGACAGCUCUGCAUGAUUUUUUUCUUCGUUCCGCUGGCUCGGCAACUCUUUCACCGUAAGUUAAUCAUGUCCUUCUGCAACGAACCCAGCUAAAAUGCGCCAUGUGCUACAUAGACAAGCACACCACAAGCCGACUGGCUUGGUAGAGCGUUUCUCCAGACCCACAGGAGCAAGUUUGGCACAGCGUACCUCCCCUCACCUCACGAGCGUUCCCCCAACGUUUCCACGCAUUCCGCAGGAAACCAAGGGACCUUGGACCUCUUCCUGUACGGAGUUUAGUAUUGAUAACAAGGUGGAAUUCAAGUAUUUGUCCGUAGCAAAUAAUAUACCUACAUGUGUUAAACAUGUGGAAGUGUAGCAUUGCAUUGUCUCCAUACUCGUCGUCGUUGUCGUUGGAUGAAG